AUGAUACGAACGAUAGCCAUCUAUUAUAUGAAGCUGUCUCGGCCUUUCCAUUUUUUUCAGGUCAGACCCAAUCUCACCAUUGUUGAUGUUUUUUCUUUUCUUUUCUUUAUCCUUCUCAUAAUUUUUCACUUUCUUUAUUUCAUUAUUUCUCUUUACUUUUUCUUUCUUACUAUUUAUCAUUUUCUUUCUUUCUUUCUUUCUUUCUUUCUUUCUUUCUUUCUUUCUUUCUUUCCUUCUUUCUUUCUUUCUUUCUUUCUUUUUAAGCUUUCAUUUGCUAAUUUUUUUCAUUAUUUUUCAUUGAUUUUUCUUUAUUCAUUUUUUAUUCCUAUUCUAUUUAUUUCUUUUUAUUCCCCUUCUUUCUUUAUUCUGUUUACUAAUAUUUUCUCGUUCAUACUCAAUUUUCAACUUCUUUCUUUCUUUUUUUUCUUUCUUUCUUUUUUUCUUUCUUUCUUUUUUUCUUUCUUUCAUGUCAUUUCUUUACGUCAUUCUUUUCUCCACUGCUUUUUUCUAUCUUUCUUGAUUCUUCUUUCUAUCUUUCUUUAUUUCUUUUUUCCUUCUUUCUUUCAUUUUUCUAUUGUUUUACUUUCCUUUAAUUUCUUUCUUUUUCUUUCUUUCUUAUUUUUAAUCUUGGCGUCAAUCUUUUCCCAAUGCUUUUCUUUUUCUUUCUAUCUUUUUACGAUUGAUUUACUUUCAUUUUCUUUCUUUUUUUCUUUUUCUAAUGCUUUUCUUUUUCUUUCUUUUUUUGUUUCUUUUUUUCUUUAUGUCAUUCAUUUUUAUACUAUUUUCAUUGCCUUUCUUUUCCUUUUGCAUUUUUCUUCUUCCUAUCACUCACCCACUCAAACGAUCAAGUGUCAACCAACCCUUUCUUCCCUAGUUCAAGCAACCCCUUCCCAACCAUCACCCGGACACUUAAAAGCCAAACGUUCGCUAAAAGCACCCUAA